AUGUUUACUGAAGAACUGAAAACCUUUCGAAGACUUGGAUUUCGCCAUCUCCUUCUCCAAUGCCUCAAUUUCGCGACUGUCAUCGCCUCGGGACUCAUGAUAUGGAAGGGCCUGGGACUCAUUACAAACUCAGAGUCACCCAUUGUCGUGGUGCUGAGUGGCUCGAUGGAACCAGCCUUCUACCGCGGCGAUCUACUAUUCCUUACCAACCCCGUACAUGAGAGAUACCAUACGGGAGAUAUCACGGUUUACAAGAUCCCUGGGGCGGAUAUCCCGAUCGUCCACCGGGUGUUGGAGACACAUGAUUUUCUGCUGAAUGAUAAUUCUACGUGCGUUUCUAGGAAUCUUCUGGCGAAACAAUAUCUGCUGACCAAGGGGGACAACAAUUACGUGGACGACAUUGAUUUGUAUCAAGGACUGGAAUGGUUGGAGAGGAAGCAUAUUGUGGGGAAAGUUAGAGGGUUUUUACCGUACAUUGGAUAUGUCACGAUAGCGAUGAAUGAUUUCCCCCAGCUCAAAUACGCUCUAUUAGGAGGCCUUGGGCUCUUGGCGCUAAUACAGCGAGAAUAA